GCUCGAUCGUGUCUCCCAACUGUACAGGACUGCAGUCUAGUCUACUAUCUCACAAUUCCUAUCCGGCAGUCUAGUAAUCUCUACUUUCUCAAAAUCACAAUUGUGGUUUAGGUACCGAAUCCUUGUUCCAAAUCGAGAUCAAUAUCCUUCCCUCUCGAUCCAGGUCAAGGAGAAAAGUUACAAGUUGGAUGCACUAUUAUCAUUGAUAAUAAUGCCUGGGAUUGGUCUUGGAUAGACAUUCAAUAUUGAAGAGAUUUGCAUCAAUUAGAGACACAUCAGCAUCAUGUGGCUGAAGCUAGUCCAGAGGAGCCUGUUACAACCCAAUUACACGAGUCAGGUCAAAUUAAUGAAGGAGCUAAGAAAGGUAGGGGUGCUGCUUGUGGUAUGCCUGAAUGGGGAACUGGAAAAAUAGCGCAUAUUGAAUUUGAUGCUAAUUGGAUGCCUAUCAGUGAAAAUGGGAAGGGGUUUAGUUCACAACUUGGAAUCCUGGCCCGAGAUGGACAGAAGGUUCCUCUAACCUUAACUUCGUGGACUGUCAUGCCAGAUGAUGUUUUGGAUGACAUUUGGAAAGAUGUCAAGGAAAUGUGUGAGACGAAUAAAUCUAGCCGUGCACAAGGAAGAGGUGUCCCUCAUAGGACUGGUCGAAAAUCGUUUGCUAGACUACGAAAAGAGAUGAUGGAGAAUGGAGAGAAAACAGAUCAUGUGAGCAUGUUUGUCAAAACAAGAGCUAUGAAAACAAGGAAUGAUGAUGGUCAACCAAUUGAAGUACAUGAUGAGGAGGCUACUGCCGUCAUUAGUCAAUUCAAUGAAUAUUUGAGGGACAUGCCAGAAGAUGAACAAGAUGAUAUUUUUCGUGAAGAGGUAUUUACUGCAGUGAUGGGAGAAGAUACACAUGGGCGUGUUCGCAUGUAUGGAACAUGUGUAACUCCAUCUCAAGUGUUUGGUAACUCAAAAACUUCUGAGACUACUGAAAAGAAGACAAUUGAGGAAAUGGAAAAGAAAUACCAAACAAAGCUAGAUGAUCUCAAAGAAAGCCAUGAAUCUCAAUUGGGAGACAUGAAAUUAAAGUACGAAGAUGUGUCGAAUCGUCUCAAUCUUUUGAUGGCACAUGUUGGUAUCCAAGUAAACCAAAGUGGAAGUACAAGUGAACAGCAAUUAAGGCGUACUAUAGAUGGCCAUCAUCAAUUGGAUUUGGAAGGUCAGCAGUAAUUAGCUUCGUCUACAAACACAAAUUCAUUAUGAACCGUAAGGUUGGA